AUGGAACCGCUUAAUGUCUCAGACCAUACAAUCGUAUAUGCAACUAUACAAGCAGAAGUAGUAAGAACAAAGAGAAAAACAACUAAAGUGAUUAAAAGGCCGAACUGGAAAAGGUGUGACAAAAACAGUUAUCAGGCCUCUAUUCUAAAAAACCUUCAUGAAAUUAACAUUCAAAAUCUUAGUUCAUCAGCUGAAGAAAUAGAAAAAUUAACAAACAUAUUGCAUAUGGCAGGAAAAGAUGCCAUACCAAACUACAGGAAACAAGUAACAUCAAAAGCGAUCGGAAAUGAAACUAAUAGGAAUGAAGAGAUAAAACAAGCAAACGAAGAGGAAGUUACAUUAUCUAUCCUAAAGCUUAAAACUGGAAAGAGUCCAGGUGCAGAUGGAAUCACAGCUGAACACCUUAAGAAUAUGCCAACUGAACUUCUACAAUAUAGCAUUAACAUUAUUAACCUUAUAUUCAAAGAAAAGGAUGCAAAAGUGAAAGAAGGGGUCGUUACGCCUGUACUGAAGAGUGGAAAAGAUAAGAUAUACCCUGAAAACCACAGAGGCAUAACAGUGACAAACUGCUUUUCCACAUUGAUCGAAAGUAUACCUAAUGACAGAAUAGAACCCAAGCUUCUACCACAACAAAGUAAACUUCAGCGUGGAUUUACUGAAAAAUCAUCGUCACUCAAUUCAGCCUUCAUUGUUAUCCAAAGUGCAGAUUUUUACAAAGAAAUACUUGCACAACUUGUUCUCCUGACAUUAGAUGCUCAGAAAGCAUUUGACAAAUUAGACCAUGAGAUUCUCUUCAAUAAACUCUACCAUGACGGCAUAACUGGCAACAUUUGGAUUUUGCUUAGAAAUAUGUACAAAAAUGUAGCAGUUAAAGUGAAAUGGGAUAAUACUCUGUCAGAUCAAUUUAUUCAGAGACAAGGGGUAAGACAAGGAGCCAAACGUUCCACGAUACUCUACAAAAGAUACAACAACAACAGAUUAGAUGCUUUGGAUCGGGCUGAUAUAGGAGCAAAAAUAGGCAACAUAAGCGUCGUAGCACCAACUUGCACAUUACAAUCAGACAGAGAAAAAUUCACAAGAGGUCGAGAAAGUGACAAGUGCCUGCUAUGUGAAACUAGCCGUGAAGAUACCCACCACUUUCUGAUAACAUGUACUGCAUUAAAGAUGGAGAGAGAUAAACAUUUGUCGGUUCUUAAAUCCUACUUGAAGAACAACACAUCAGUUGGAACAUUUGACAGAGUAGAAGAACAAGGAUUGAUUGUACUAUUUAUUCUUAAUCCAUCAGCAACAAAGUUUAAAGAACUAUUCAAACUGAAGAAAUCAAUCUGUAAAGAUAUUGAAGCUAUUACAAGAACAUUAUGUUACAGUCUUCAUAUAAAACGAACUUUAUUAAAUCAGACCAAGGCUUGA